GCCAAAGCAGGAAGUACAGUUUGUAAACAUGCCCCAACUUUGUGUUGCAGUUCGAGCAGAGACACGGCCUCCCAUGUGAAUCUUUCACCUACUGUAACAGCGACUAUGGAGAGGAGCGCAAAGACCGUUUCGGCUAUCAAAACUCUUGGGUACCCGGGCGGCUCCUGCCUCGCGCGGUGCAGGUGUGACGAGCUGCCCUGUCCGCUGGUCAGCUGGCUGUCCGCGGAGCUCCGGGCCGUCUGUCCGGAGCUGCGAGACUCUUGCAUGUCAGGUAAGGUCUUGCUGGUGGGCGAGCUGCGACAGUUGCUCUCCAGCCUGUUUUACCCCCUUAUGCUGACCACAGAGGUGUUGGAACCAUCGGUCCUCAGCAAUGUCACCGAGUUCCUUGUGGCAGAAUUGCAAGCAGCUCGCAUCAUCAAGCAUAUGGAAUUGCAUCCUGAAGAACAUUCCACAGGAGAGGAGACAGUGAAAGAUCAGCGAGUGGAAGGCCCCCUGGAUGAUGUUGCUGAGAGCUGUCAGGGACAUGGAGACAGCGAUGCCUUAGACACUAACAGAAGGAAGGCAGAGAUGCAAGCAGAGUGGAUAUUGAUUCUACGUGCCCUCGGUUUGGAUGCUUCCUCUCAAUUUGACGAUGUUCUGAGUCAGGUGAAAUCGAUGCUCUCUCAACUACCAGAUGGAGACAUGACCAGUCCCCUUCUCAACAGCCCCCUCAGCUCAGAGCAUUGGAUGAAAGUGAAAGAGAUCAAUCAGAUUCUGUCUGACGAUUAUAAGUGCCGGCGACACAUGAUGAUCAAACGCUUUCAAGUCACGCUUGAGUCAUUUGCGUGGGGAGAAAAACAGAAGGAACGCAGUGUGGCUCUAGCCUCUGUGCCUCCUCUUGCAUCCCUCACUGGAUCCUCCCAAGUGUCUCUGAGUCUUCUGUUGGCUUCCAGAGCAGAUCAAUCUUUCAUUGAGCCAGUCAAAGCUGGAACAAGCACACCCAUCUACAAGACACUGAUGGGCAGCGUGCCAGACAGAGGAGGGCGGCCAGGAGAGAUUGAGCCGCCCAUGCCAUCAUGGGGAGAGCGAAGAACACAAGGAAACAGAUGGGGAAAAGGAGGUGGACACCAUAACCGCCAAAGAAAAAAGAAAGGGAAAAAAGAGUAACUUUCCUCAUAUUUCCAAUUUUACUUAAUAAAUUGUUAAAUAAAUAAUAAUUUUCUUAGUUUAAAUUAUUGUUUUGAAAUAAAAUUGGAAUUAACGUAUGAUUUAUAGUUACAUGUACAUAACUAUGUGCAAAUGAUUAUGACAACGCUUGUCAUUGCUAUAUUUCACUGGUGUAUGACCAGAUAUUUUUGUAAUAUUUUGAUCAUAGAAUGGAAAACAGAAUGGAAAAAUAAGACCAGCUGUUUGUCCAAGAAUAAACCUAUGAAACGCAGACUUGUUAUGCUACAUGAGUAAUGUCCUUGUGUUCAAAUCAGUCCCACUAUCACAAUUUACUUACAAUGUAAUAUUUAAUUUUUGUUUUUGGAGAAAAAUUUGUGCUAAAAUCAAACCUAAUCUCAUUUCAUGAGGCAACCUCUUCAUGCUUAAGGCACACAUAAAAGAAUAUCCAAUUAUUGAGUAAAUCUCAGUUGGAUGUCAUUAAAAAAAAAAAAACUAAUAUAUAUAUAUAUAUUUGUAUGAACAUAUAUAUAUAUGUUUC